AUGGACGGAUCAGAUGCAUCUAAUGGCGGAGGAGGCGAUAAUCCUUCGGGCAAGCGAAAGGAGUCCGGCUUUGUGGCGUCCAUUCGUCAGGCUUGGACGGGGAGCCUGCAGAAAAUGAAGAAACGCAAAUUCGGUGCUGAUGGCGAUGGCGGUAAGAUUCAGCCAUCAGAGCAGGAGCAGGCCAAUACUCCGCCUACGUCACGAAAAAAGCGUGCCUUCCGCACGCGCACAUCGGAGGAGCAAGAAGAGGUGACCUCUGCCUCAUCCACCACGUCUUCCUCCUCGUCUUCUGCAUCUUCUUCGCGCAGCCGCACCCGGCAGGAGGUGGUCGCCGAAGCGCGCCAGUCCGUGACGGACAAGAAGAGGAAGCUCGAGGCCCUGACGGCCUUCCUGGCGGCACCCGCCACGACGCCCGCCAAGGCAUUGGACGAGCCCAGUCCUACUCCCUCCGCCGGCACGAAGAAGAAGAAGCCCAAGAAGCCCAAGAAGAGCAAGAAGCAGAAGCUGCUGCACCACUCCAACACUGGCAGCUCCAACCCCUCGGUGGACCUCUUGGCCGCCCAGCUCAAGACCAAGGUGGCGUGCUGGGACCUGCGCGACUUCCUGCUGUGGCUCUACGCCGUGCAGGCCAAGCCCUCGCCGGCGGUGUUCUUCAGCAACCCCGCUACCUUGCCCACCACCGUGAUGGUCGUUAUUCGAUCGCUUGGCCAGGCCGAGCUCAUCAAGCACAAGGGCCUGCUCAAGAACAUGCUGACCACAGAAGAAGGCGGCGUCUUCCAGAAGGCGACGGCCUUCAAUGCUCCGGGCAGUAAGUACCGCGUCUUCGAGACGGUGGCCACCCUGAUCCUCACGGAUGCGAACCUGCAGAAGAAGAUGUCCACCUCGCAGGCCAAGGAAGUGGAGAAGGAGGUCGCCGUUCUGCUUCAGGAGCAGUACCAAGAGCUGGUGAGCAAGCUGCCCGACCCGACGGACAGGGCCAGCCUGUUCGAGGAGUUCAUCGCCACGCAGGAGGAGAUGAAGGCCAGCCGGUUCCCCAUCUACAAGGUGUCGAAGCGAGAGGACUGGCUGACGGGCUCGUCGAACCGGCCUCCGCCCAACUUGUCGCUGUUUGUGCGACUGCCCAAGAAGAUGGAGAAGAAGGAGGGCGUGAAGCGCAAGCACCUGCCCAUCGUCGCCAUCGACUGUGAGAUGUGCCUGACGGAAGAUGGCCACGAGCUCACUCGCGUCAGUGUCAUCGACGACAACUACAACGUGCUCUAUGACCAACUGGUCAAACCGCACAAGCCCAUCACCGACUACCUGACGCGGUGGAGCGGAAUAACCGAGGAGAUGAUGACCGGCGUCACCACUCACCUGGAGGACGUUCACAAGGCCUUCCACGACCUGGGCAUUACCAGGAAGACGAUCAUCGCCGGCCAUUCGGUGGAGAACGAUUUGCUGGCGCUUCGGCUGUUUCACAAGAGGGUCAUUGACACCACGAUGCAUUUCCCUCACGCCAACGGGCCGCCGUUCAAGAAUUCCCUGCGCUACCUGACCGAGAAGUUCCUCAAGCGGCUCAUUCAACAAGGUCACGACGGCCAUUGCAGUGUGGAGGACGCCAAGGCGGUCAUGGAGCUGAUUCUGCUGAAGGUGGCACAAGCCGGGGUGCACGUCAGCAAGAGCGGAGACGUGGAAGUGUCGGACAAGGACGACGGCGAGAACCUCUUCAUCAAGGUGCGGAACGCGAACAGGAAGGUGACCGUCAUCGAUCGCCUCGUCGCCCUGCAGAGAUACGUCCCGCCCCAGCGCACCCGAGGCCCGGCCGAUGCCUUCAUGCCCAGCCCCAGCAAGCUCGCCAAGGCCGGCGACGGGCUUCUCCCCACCCCCACCGCACUCCUUCCCCUGCCGUCAUCGUCGUCGUCGUCGUCUUCUUCUUCGUCGUCAUUCGUGCCGCCGCCCAACCUGCUCACCACCUGCGCCUGCAACACCGACGAAGAGAUCGUGGACCGACUGACGGCGCACCUGGGCAGCGACAGUCGGGCGGACUUCAUCUUCACCCAGCUCCACACCUUUGAGGACCACUUUGCCAGCUGCGCGCGACAGUCAGGAGGCUCUGCAGCUGGUUCGGGUGGACCCCCGCCGCCCCCGCCGGGCUCGUUCGAGAAGCACCUGGCCGACAUCGACCAACGCGUGGGCCGCAUCUACGACGCGCUUCCACCCAACGGUCUUCUAAUGGUGGUCACCGGCCGCGGCCCCAUCGUGGACGUGUUCAGGCUGCAAAGGGAGAAGAAGGACGAGGGUCCCGCGUGGACGCCGGAAAGGGAUCGCACGCUGCAGGAGGCCGUGGAGUGGGCGCGGAAGGGCCGAACCUUCUGGGCCGUCAAGCCGCCCAGCAGCAGCAGCAGCGACGAAGCCGCCACAACCACAACAACAACAGCGGAGAAGAGUGAGUAG